AUGGCAAACGCAGAGAAGACAAGCUCAGGUUCCGACAUAGAUGAGAAGAAAAGGAAACGCAAGUUGUCAAACCGCGAAUCUGCUAGGAGAUCGCGUCUGAAGAAGCAGAAGCUAAUGGAAGACACGAUCCACGAGAUCUCGACUCUUGAAAGACGAAUCAAAGAGAACAGCGAGAGAUGCAGAGCGGUGAGGCAGAGGCUAGACUCGGUCGAGUCGGAGAACGGGGUUCUUAGAUCGGAGAAGACGUGGCUUUCGAGCUACGUCAGCGAUUUAGAGAAUAUGAUCGCCACGAGAAGCUUAAACCUGACGCAGAGUGACGGCAGCGGUCAAAACGCAAACGCGGAAAUAGCGUCUGGAGAUUGUAGGGGUAGACCGUGGCAGUUGGGUUGCGAUUCUCUCAAACCAAUUGCGUUCUUCAAGACUUGA